UGAAAUGCACUGACUUGCCGGAAAAGCGAAAUCUAUUCACUUUUCAUUCUUCUAAAGUCAAGUCACCAGUGUUUUCUCUUUCUAAAAGCUGUUAACUGUUCGGAAUUUACUAACAUGGGUCGCCGUUCUCCUGAAAAGAAGAAGGAUGACAGAGUAUUUCGUCGUCUGCCAAAAUGUGUCGUGCCGGUCCAUUAUGACCUUUGGUUCCAACCCUCAAACCAUGAACCUGUACUUCACGGGAAAUUGUCCCUUAGAGUUCAAGUGAUGUGUGAAACACGGGAGAUAGUUUUGAAUGGACUCAACAUUUCGGUAUCAGAUGUGAAGUACACGUGUGAAGGUUCCAAAGGGGUGCAAGAGACGGGAAACAUUUUGAUAAAUGGCGAAAUGGAAACCAUUCAAAUUGAAUUUCCAAAUCCACUUACUGUAGGAUUUGGAACUUUGGCACUAAAUUUCGAAGCAGAAAUUACUGAUAACAUGAAAGGUUUAUACCGGACAAAAGUAGGUGAUGGCAAACGGUACAACUUUAUAACUCACUUUGAACCAGUCAAUGCAAGACGAUGUUUUCCUGGAUUUGACGAGCCUGCGUUUAAAGCUACGUUCGAUAUUACGCUGGUUGUUCCGAAGGAUGUGGUUGCGAUUUCUAACAUGCCGAUUGAAGAUGAAAAAGUAGACGAGAAAAACGAAAAUUUGAAGGUGUGCAAGUUUCAAACAACUCCAAAAAUGUCGACAUAUCUUAUCGCAAUGGUUAUUGGAGAUUUCGAGCACAUUCAGAAAACCAGUGAGUGUGGAACUCUGGUGCGUGUAUUUACUUCUCCGGGAAAGACAUGCCAAGCAGAUUAUUCAUUAAAUUUGGCUGCAAACUUAAUUGACCAUUACACAAAGUACUUUGGUGUUUCGUAUCCCUUGCCAAAGUGUGAUUUGGUUGCAAUUGCAGAAUUCCCUAUUGGUGGAAUGGAAAAUUAUGGACUCAUCACCUUCAUCGACACAAGACUCAUGGUAGACCCAACGGAAUCAUCAGCCUGGAACAUACAAAUGACUUCUUUAAUUGUCGCCCAUGAAGUUUCUCAUCUAUGGUUUGGAGAUCUAGUUACGAUGAAGUGGUGGAUAGACCUUUGGCUAAAGGAAGGAUUUGCCAAGUUCAUAGAAUAUCUUGCUGUUGAUCAUUUCUUUCCGCAAUUUGAUAUUUGGACACAAUUUGCUUCUCGUAUUCUCCAUUCGGCACUUGCCACUGACAGUCUGAAGAAUAGUCACCCUGUUGAGGUUGAAGUGACCAAUCCGGGUGAUAUUGAUGAAAUAUUCGAUGCUUUGACGUACAACAAAGGAUCCUCGAUCGUCAAAAUGAUGUAUCAUUAUGUGGGUGACGAAUGUUUCAGGAAAGGAAUGAAGCAAUAUUUGGAGAAAUUCAAGUACAGUAAUGCGGAAACUGCUGAUCUAUGGGAAGCUUUAGAAGCAGCAAGUGGGACCCCUGUGGGAAGGUUCAUGGACACUUUCACGAAACAAAUGGGUUACCCUAUUGUUACCGUUCUUGACGUUGUCUCCACCGAUUGUGGCAAGACUUUUACUUUGAAGCAAGAAAAAUUUUGGGCUGACCCAAAGCUCAAUGAAGCUGCAUCAAACUCAAACUACAAAUGGAUCAUCCCACUGACUUGUUGUAAAGGGUCGAAGCCACUUGAAGUCACGGUUUUGGAAUUAUUCGACGGCAAUGAAUCUAAUCUGAAGGAAGUUGCAGUGACCUGUGCUUCUAAUGAUGAAUGGAUAAAGUUUAAUGCUGGAUCAGUUGGUUUUUACCGUGUUCGUUACUCAGCAGAAGUGUUAUCCCAAUUUACAAAUUCUAUUAAGGAUAAAUCAAUGUCCCCGUUGGAUAGACUUGGAUUGCUUAAUGAUGUUUACGCAUGUGUAAAGGCUGGGAUCAGUUCAACAACGGAUAUUUUAAACUUGCUGGAUUCGUUCAAGCUUGAAGAUAACUACAGUGUAUUGAGUUCAAUUCGUGACAUCACAGCCGACUUGUCCAACUUGCUUCUUCGCACUGAUCUCGUUGACAAGUUUGACACUUAUUGCACCAGUCUUUUCACACCGAUAAAAGAACGAAUGGGAUGGGACCCAAAAAAUGGAGAAAGCCAUGCAGACGGUCUUCUUCGAUCUUUGGUGAUCAAUAGACUCAUUUCCUGCAAAGAUGAGACGACUAUCAAUGAAGCUGAAAAAAUGUUUGACCAACAUUUGAAAGGGGAGAAAAAAAUUUCUGCAGAUCUUAGGACAGCCGUGUAUCGUGCUACUUUGUUCAAAGGAAAUGAAAAAACUUUGGAUACCAUGAUUGAAAUAUUUAAAAAUUGUGAGCUGUCUGAAGAAAAAGCAAGAAUUCUUCAAUCACUUGGGAGCACCAAGGACAUAAAUUUAAUGAAAAAAAUUUUGGAUUUUGCCCUCAGUCCUGAUGUCAAAAUGAGUGAGAUCGACUAUAUUUUCUACUCUUUGAACAAUUCCAAACAUGGUCAGGAUUUAACCUGGCAGUUUUUCAAGGAUAACAUUAAACUGUUUCAAGAAAAAUACCCGGGUGGAAUGCUGAUAUGUUCUGUCGUCAGAGAUGUGACGGGCGGUUUUGUGGGAGACGAAUUUGCUCAAGAAAUAGAAACAUUCCUUAAAGAAAAUCCAAUUCGAGGAACAGAAAGGACUGUCCAACAAGUUGUUGAAAAAAUUCGUAUUAAUGCAGCAUGGUUAAAACGUGAUCUUAAUGCAAUUUCAACAUUCUUGGGGUCAAAGUAACUUAGAUAUUUGAACUAUUGGAUUUAUUAAAACUUGUGAUUUGUAUGGAAUGACACAUUCAAAAUUAAUAAAACUUACUUAAACAUAAUA